AUGUCUUUCAAAUGGAAAGAAGGUGACUUUGUUAUGGUGAAAAGGGGUGACUUUUUUGGUUCUCCUGCAACAGUCUGGGAAAACUGUAGCCAAUCCAGUUCUGAAGAUGAAGAUGGUGAGACUGUUGAUGUUGAAGUGCGCAUGCUUGAAACAGGACAAAGAGUCUUCUUCCCAAAUUCUUCUCUGCAAGAAUUUACCGAAGAUUUGAAGCAGCAGAUGGUUAUCAAAACUGCAGAAUUCACAAAAGGAUUAAGACAAUUCUCCAGGCACUUUUCUGAUGCAAAAGAACCCAAAGCAGAUUGUGGUCACUUGAAAGCGGGAGACUUUGUGUUUCUGAAAAGGAACAACUUUCCAGAUUGGCCGGCAACUGUAAUUGAUGGAGCUGUGGCAGAAGGAGAAGUACGUGUGUCAUUCUACCCAGAGAGAGACACCGGUAUUGUAUCACGUAAAUCUCUUGUGCCAUCUUCGUCUUCGAAGAUAGAGUUGCUUUGGAAGCGGUUGACUUCUUUUGAAAAAGUCCUCAAGACUUUGGUUGCGAAGUAUUCUGAGAGAGAGAUAGAGAAAACAAGAGAUGAAGCUACCAAGGUUGUAGUAGAUUAUGAAAAUACGGGUCUCCCUAAAGUCUUGGAAGCUAAAGGCUUCUACCAGAACAUUGAAGACGGUUUGAAUAGGAAUGGAUUUUCUGGAAAGGUUGAUGUGACCGUGGUGGUUGGUUACGUAGACCAUAUACCUGACGAGAGGGAAGCUAUUUUGGAGCAGAAUAACGUCACUGUCCUCCACGCUAAAAAGAUACCCAGACCAGCUGUAGUAGAAAUACUAAAAGAAUGGCUAGAGGAGGGAUUGCCCCCUCAGAACGUACUUGUUGCCACCGGRGAUAACGGGUUUGCCGYUGUUUUCAAGURACUGCGAGCRGCAGGGCACACGGUUYUAUUUGCGASUCUCCAAGAUCCAGCAAAGACGAAAGUCUCCUCGGUGGCAUUAGAAGCCACAUCACUGUUGAGGUUGGUUUGGAAUGACCUUUUGGUAGCACCUAGUCAGAAGAGUAAAGCUGCAAAGAGGGCUCAGGAAGGUAGUGGAAUGGAGGGUAGUGGAAAACGAGGAAGAGGUCGUGGUCGUGGUCGUGGUCGUUGA